AAUUACUUUUAAAAAAAGUUUUUAAAUUUUGAACUUUUCCAGGGGGGCUAUUCUUCCAUUUGCAUUGAUGGUUAUCCCAGUAAUUAAUGCUUUAGUAAGGGGAUUUCAAGGACAUUGUCUUAUCCCCUUCCUAUUAUGUGGGCUCAGAAGAAAAACCACCAGGAGAGCCCUCUAAAACAAGCAAGGCUCUGCCUGGGGCACCUCGCCUGAGGUUUUUCUAUCACUCAGCCCUUCAACAUAAGGGCCAGUUUCUGGUGGGUUCUUAACUGUUUCACAAAGUGAUCAAUCACCAAAUCAAUGUCACCUGUAUUGUCAUCUCCCAGGGAAAAUUCACUGAGUGGUUUUUAAAGAAUCACAAAAGGGGAAAUACCACUACAGGGCUAUUUCCCUCAUAAAAUAAAUCUGUCAUGGAUUUUGUUCUUGGAAAAACACAAAGGGCCCUAAGUGUGGAUUGGCUAAAUGGCUACAGACAUCACAUUUAGUUUUGAAAAGGGCCCUUCCUUAAGUCCUUGCUGUAAAGGAACCAUUAAAACCCUUAGUGGACUUCCCUUAAUUACUUGUAACCCCUACGUAGCAGCGCGGGCGCCCAGGAACCAAAAUGUCCCCACUCUUAAUGAAAACGAUACAAACAAUGGCUCGUGCCCAAGCUUUCACACUUGUUUUUCAACCUAGUCUUGGCUGACAGAGGCAGAGUUGUAAUUCCUUAGGUCGCUUGACUGCCCGAGGGGCGAGGUGUGGAUUGUAACGACACUACUUGUGAACUCUUUUGGCGAGGAGUAGCUUAACGAUGAACUUCUUCGGGUUUCUGUGAUCAAAAUGUUUCGGUGAAUAGCGUGAUUGGAAACUUGUGCUGGCGGGAGACUGCAGCGCCGCUGCUCUUUCAACAGGCGAUUUGUUCUCCUGUCUGUGGCUCAUUUCCAUGCAAAGAGCCCGACAUCAGAGCACCUUUUGUUGCUAAACGCUUUCUUUAGCUUCGAGGGGAGAGUCAUGUGGAGCUGGAAGAGCUCAUUUUGAAGAGGGGGGUCCCGGGAAAUUCCUUCCAGGUUCCAGAGGCACCGCGCUCACUCCUGCGGGGCCCUGCUCAGACUUGCUGGCAGAAAUGAGUCGCGUGCCUUCGUGAGUUGGUCCCCGUCACAGGAAGAAACGCCUUUGCAGCGGGUUUAAUUGCUUCUUCGCUGCCAUAAAUCCCCGCCGUAAAACUCAGUGGUGCAAACUUUGCCUUCGGCUACCCUGUGGUCCUGCGGAGCCGGGGUGGGAAAGUUUCUAAAGUUGUCAGUCGCGCAGCCCGCGGCCACCUACAACCGAGGUGCGGACGCCUGGCGAGGAGCCUCCGUGGGGUCGCCGCGGCCGCUGGGGGAUGCGGCGCGGGGGCGCGGCUCCGUGACGCGGCGGGCGGGGACCCGGCGCUGGGGGCUGGCCGUCCGCUGGUGCGGGGCGAGGGCCCCAGGGACCGGGACGCGCGGCCAGUGUGCGGGACGCGGUCAUGGAGGACGCGGGAGCAGCCGGCCCGGGACCAGAGCCCCAGCCCGCGCCGGAGCCCGAGCCUGGCGCCAGCAUGUCGGAGGCGUUCUCCCGGCUCUGGACCGAUGUGAUGGGCAUCCUGGACGGCUCCCUGGGCAACAUUGAUGACCUGGCACAGCAGUAUGCAGACUAUUACAAUACCUGCUUCUCUGAUGUGUGCGAGAGAAUGGAGGAGCUGCGGAAACGGCGGGUUUCGCAGGAGCUGGAUGUGGAGAAACCUGAUGCCAGCCCCACGUCACUUCAGCUGCGGUCCCAGAUCGAAGAGUCGCUUGGUUUCUGUAGCGCCGUGUCAACACCAGAAGUGGAAAGAAAGAACCCUCUUCAUAAGUCAAACUCAGAAGACGGCUCUGUAGGAAAGGGAGAUUGGAAGAAGAAAAAUAAGUAUUUCUGGCAGAACUUCCGAAAGAACCAGAAAGGAAUAAUGAGGCAGACUUCAAAAGGAGAAGAUGUGGGUUAUGUGGCGAGCGAGAUAACAAUGAGCGAUGAGGAACGGAUUCAGCUGAUGAUGAUGGUCAAGGAGAAGAUGAUCACCAUUGAAGAGGCACUUGCGAGGCUCAAGGAGUACGAGGCCCAGCACCGGCAGUCAGCUGCCUUGGACCCUGCCGACUGGCCGGAUGGUUCUUACCCCCCAUGCGAUGGCUCAUCCAACUGCAAUUCAAGAGAACAAUCGGAUGAUGAGACCGAGGAGUCCGUGAAGUUUAAGAGGUUACACAAGCUGGUAAACUCCACUCGCAGAGUGAGAAAGAAACUAAUCAGGGUAGAAGACAUGAAAAAGCCCAGCACUGAAGGCGGGGAGGAGCCUGUGUUUGAGAAUUCCCCGGUCCUGGAUGAAAGGGCCGCCCUUUACUCUGGAGUGCACAAGAAGCCUUUUUUCUUUGACGGCUCUCCUGAAAAACCACCAGAAGAUGAUUCAGACUCUCUCACCACUUCUCCAUCAUCUAGCAGCCUGGAUACCUGGGGAGCUGGCCGGAAAUUGGUCAAAACCUUCAGCAAAGGAGAGGGUCGAGGCCUCAUUAAGCCUCCCAAGAAGAUGGGGACAUUUUUCUCCUAUCCAGAAGAAGAAAAGGCCCAGAAGGUUUCUCGCUCCCUCACGGAGGGGGAGAUGAAGAAAGGUCUCGGGUCCCUGAGCCACGGGAGAACCUGCAGUUUUGGAGGGUUUGAUUUGACAAAUCGUUCUCUGCACAUUGGCAGUAAUAACUCUGACCCAAUGGGUAAAGAAGGAGAUUUUGUAUACAAGGAAGUAAUCAAAUCACCCACUGCCUCCCGCAUCUCUCUGGGAAAAAAGGUGAAAUCAGUGAAGGAGACAAUGAGGAAGAGAAUGUCUAAAAAAUACAGCAGUUCUGUCUCUGAGCAGGAUUCGGGCCUUGAUGGAAUGCCUGGCUCCCCUCCAUCUUCCCAGCCUGACAGCGAACACAUGGAGAAGCCCAAGCUCAAAGCCGGAGGUUCUGUCGAGAGUCUGCGGAGUUCUCUGAGUGGACAGAGCUCCAUGAGUGGUCAAACCGUAAGCACCACCGAUUCCUCGACAAGCAACAGGGAAAGCGUCAAGUCGGAAGAUGGGGACGACGAAGAGCCCCCCUACCGGGGCCCCUUCUGUGGGCGAGCCAGGGUGCACACCGACUUCACGCCCAGUCCCUAUGACACAGACUCGCUCAAGCUCAAGAAAGGAGACAUCAUUGAUAUAAUCAGCAAACCACCCAUGGGCACCUGGAUGGGCCUGUUGAACAACAAGGUGGGCACAUUCAAAUUCAUCUACGUGGAUGUCCUAAACGAGGAAGAGGAGAAGCCCAAGCGCCCCACCAGGAGGAGGAGGAAAGGAAAACUGCCCCAGCCCAAAUCCGUGGAGGAUCUCCUUGAUCGGAUCAACCUGAAAGAGCACAUGCCCACUUUCCUGUUCAAUGGAUAUGAAGAUCUGGACACCUUUAAGCUCCUGGAGGAGGAAGACUUGGAUGAGUUAAAUAUCAGGGACCCAGAACACAGAGCUGUUCUCUUGACAGCAGUGGAGCUGUUACAGGAAUAUGACAGUAACAGCGACCAGUCAGGGUCCCAGGAGAAGCUGCUUGCUGACAGCCAGGGCCUGAGUGGCUGCUCUCCACGAGACUCAGGAUGCUAUGAAAGCAGUGAGAACCUGGAAAACGGCAAGACUCGGAAAACUGGCCUUCUCUCUGCCAAGUCAUCAACCGAGUCCAGCUUGAAGUCUUUCAACAGGAAUCAGCUGGGCAACUACCCGACCUUGCCUUUACCGAAGUCAGUGAACACGCUGAGGCAGGGGGAGGAGGGCAGGCUGGGCGGUGGUCUUGCCCCUCACACUUCCAAGCUCUGUGAUCAGCCGUGUGUGACUGGGUUGAAUAAAAACCGGAGAAGCCUCCCCGUUUCCAUCUGUCGGAGCUGUGAGACCCUGGAGGGCCCCCAGCCUGUGGAAACUUGGCCCCGAUCCCAUUCCCUGGAUGACCUUCAAGGAGAGCCUGAUGCUAAAAAAGAUGUGCCUAGUGCGGUGACAGAACCCACCCCUCAGAUUGCACCGGAAGUGCCACAAAAGACAGCCUCCUGCAUCACAAAGGUUCACAGCCCCAAGCGAGAUUCUGCCGUUGACAAUGCGAUGCUACUGACCCAAAGCAAGAGAUUUUCUGAACCUCAGAAAAUGACUACUAAGAAACUGGGUGGCUCGAUUGCAGCCUCUUCACGGGGCAUGACACCUCCUCCGUGUUUGCCCAAAAACUAUGAUGUGCAACCUCCCGGAGUUAGACACAGUUUAACAAGGACUCCUCUUGAGGGUCACAGAAAAGGACUCGAGUCUGAAGGAACGUGUCACCCCCCAGGCACCAAAGAAGGUGAGCAGAGGGGCCCUGAGACCAGAACGCAGGCCAAACAUCCUGCACAGCCCCCUCCCGUUCCUGCCAAGAAGAGCAGGGAGCGCCUGGCCAACGGCCUGCACCCUGGCCCUCCGGUUCUCGACGCACCGUGCCUGCCUCUGAAGAAGGGCAGCUCCAGCGGCCCCAGCGACUGUCAUUCCCCUCAGGCUUCUAGGCCUCCCUCUGGGCAGGAGCCGGGCAGCCCACCGAGCACGAGGCCACCGCCAUGGCUCUCAGAGCUGCCAGAGAGCGCGAGCCUCCAGGAACACGGCGUGAAGCUGGGCCCGGCUUUGACCAGGAAGAUCUCCUGCACUCGGGGAGUCGAUCUGGAAAUGCUCGCUGAAGACAAGUUACGAGCCGAGGGCAUCGAUCUCACCGAGGAGCCAUAUUCUGAUAAGCACGGCCGCUGUGGGAUUCCUGAAGCCCUGGUACAGAGAUAUGCAGAAGACUUGGAUCAGCCCGAAAGGGACGUAGCCACCAGCAUGGACCAGAUCCGCGUGAAGCUGCUUCGGAAGCAGCACCGCAUGGCGAUCCCAAGCGGUGGACUCACGGAAAUCUGUAGAAAGCCCCUGUCUCCCGGAUGUGUCUCGUCCGUGUCGGAUUGGCUGAUUUCCAUUGGUCUGCCCAUGUACACCCACACCCUCACUGAAGCCGGCUUCAGCACACUGGGCCAAGUGCCUUCUCUGUCCCACACUUGCCUUCAGCAGGCCGGCAUCACAGAGGAGAGACACAUAAGCAAGCUCGUGUCUGCAGCCAGACUCUUCAAACUGCCGCCAGGCCCCGAGGCCAUGUAGCCAGGCCUUUACUGGACCUCCCUGGACAAGAGCCACCCUUUCACUGUGCUUAUGAUGCUGAUGCAAUUCCCCCUUCGCUGGACAUGCAGACCAGAACCAGAAGAAAGGCCACGUGUGUGGCCAAACAGCACGAAACCUUGGCAUGGGACCGAUGACCCUCUCUUCUCCAGAAAAGCCCCCAUGAGGAAAUGGGUGCGGUUCUCUUUGACCUCCACCCCCACCCCCUCCCAAAGAAAAGACAGCACUUAUUUUUAUUUUCAGAACACGAUAGAACCAAGAUGCCAACUUGCCACAAAUGCCAUGCCUCCAGUCUGUCUCGGUACGCUGGGAGAGGGCUGGAGCAGAGGCAGGGGCAGCCUGUAUCUGAUGGUGCCCCUUGCCCUCUGUCUGUCACCCUGCAGGAUACCUGGGGGCCAGACGGGCUUCGUUAGGCCAAAGUAACAGACUCGGGAGUGAUUGUACACUGUUCACCAUGCUCAUUGGUUCAAAAGUAAGAAAAUCUGGCUGCACUAGGAAAAACGAAUUUCCUCUUCUCCUUUAGAUAAACAAGAGACAUUUUAAUAAUUGCUUUCUAGCAAUCAGCUUUUAUUUGCCUUAAUAUAAGCUUUUAAGCAGUUAUCUAACUAGUGUUCACCACCCUGUAACCAUAGUUCCAAAUCUUCAGCAAAGACUGCCGUUUAAUAUAUCUGGGAUGUUUUCAGCAAAAAUGGGCUUUUCUAAUUGUCUCAUUCCAGCGUGGUUUAUUUUGUAAGGGUGUUUAUCAGGCACAGAUUUCAUCUUGGCUUUCAGUUUUUAAACUAACUACAAAUCCAGUGAAAACUCGCUGAAAUUCACAAAGAUACGAUGUGUGUGUCUGCGAGUGUGUGUGGGUGUGUUUAUAGUAAGUACCUUUCAUUUUAAUCAGUUUAGAGUCGUUACUGUGUCGGUUAUCGUGUUGUAGUAUUGACUUGGACCCCUGACCACGUCCAUUCCAAAAAUUCAGUCAUCAGCUAACAGAUCACCUUUGCAAAGAGUCAUUGUAAGGGUGACUGUUUCAGAAAGAUGUUUUUUUAAAAGGGAAGUAGUUAAUAAGAUGUUUUAAAAGUUGUUUUUUUUUUUCAGUUUUACAAUUAAGAUAUUUUUUUUUCUUCUUUAGGCAAUUCUUUUAAUUCACAUAAUGGUUCAUUUUGGAGCCAGGCAAACACAUUACCCAUGUAUUAAGUGUUUGCAUAUUUUCGAUUGUUUCCCAGCUGAUUUCAGCAUAUUCUAUCCUUUUAGUCUUGUGUCUGAUUUUCUAGCAAACAGAAAUUUAGACAACUAAACAAUAUAGUAAGGUUUCCAUUGCUUACAAAAUGAUUUUCCUGUAUGUUCUUCUCAUUAAGCAUUCUUAAGCAUUGAAUGUGAUCAUUUACAAUAGAAACACUUUGAACUCAAAGCGUUGAUCAGAAGUUCUGUAAUAUUUCAUGUACUCACAAAAACAAAUGAUUUCCCUCAGGGAAAAAAAAAAGUAAUUUCAUUAAUUACAAAGCCAUCUUUAGUGUUUGCUUUUUAUAUACUUGGAUCCAUGUUUCUGAGGAAAAGGACAUUCUCAGGUGAUAUAUAUUUUUUCAUGCUUUGGCAUGCAUUUUAAAAAAUAAUGUAUAUUCAAUAAUACUCACCUUCACUAAGAUGCCAUGUGAGGAAGUUGUGGAAAUCUAGAAUAAAAAGCUGAAGCUGCCAAAUUUCUAUUGAACUCUUAAAAACAGUCCAUUUUUGUCACCUCUGGUUGUGACCUUCCUGUCAGCAUAGCCCGUUUGGAAAGUAAUGAGGCUGCCGGGCUCUCCUAUAACCACAUCACUGAAACAUUGCAAGUGCUACGGUGGAGAGGGGUGCUGUAAAACGGACCCUCAUCCUGCUUUCUGAAAGAGCCUGCUCAGAGUUGAAGCAAAAAAAAA